UUAGGUACCAAUUGCCGCCAAAAACGGCGGCAUAUGCCACCCUUUUCGUAGGGCAUUGUCAUCGGUGGUGAGUCUGUAUGAUGCAAACUCAACCUCAACCUAUACUUGCGACAACAUCGACUUUGUUCAGCGGCUUACGCAACCUGUAAUUUUUACUGCUUAGCAUAAUUUUCAGAUCAUGUAUGAUCCGUCCCUUCAAUAUUCGAAACUCUAUUUCUACACACUUUGUGGACGCACAUCCCUGUAGUCAGACUACUCAGGCUUAACUACUGCUGGUCCCUGUACUGCAUCUACAUGCAGUCGCUCUCAUGCAGCACCGUCACAACGACCACGAAGGUCAGUGUGUAUGCUGCCAAUAGAGCGGCUGCGCAGUUGAGCUUCAGUACUCUGAGCGCUACGAUUGCGCUGCCGACGCCGUCGAGUGCGACGUUCUUGCCGCCACUGCCGCCACUGCCGAGCCAGACGAGGGAGGUGCUGCCGAAUGCGACGAGCACGGUGAGGGGGCCGACGAAUACUUCUGUUACUUCGCCUACGCCGCCGCAGUGUACUGGCAAUGCGGGACAAGCGGUGGUUGAUGAAGGGUCAUAUACAUUGAUGUUUGCUUUGAUGGUAGCAGUGAUGAUGGGUAUGGUUGGUCUUGGUCCCAAUAUGGUUUUGUAGGAGACAUUAUAACUGUGAAGUCGUCAGCGCUCAGGCC